CAUGUGGAAAAAAAUAUAUAAAAAAUGCCAAACCUAAACCUACGCCGAUCCUCCAUUCUCCCUUCUCCUCCUCUCAAUCGCCCUUCUCUUUGAUAUCGCCUUCCCAUCGACCCCUACAGGCUCCAGCGCCAGGGUCGCUGGAGCAGGAGGAGGAGAAGGUGGAGGGGGAGAGAAGGACUUCGGCGGCGACGCCUGAGGAUGAGAAGGCCAAGGGCAAUGAUAAGGAAGAGGAGGAAGAAGAAGAAGAAGACGAGAAAAAUAUGGAGUCGCCUCUGCCUUCGGAGGAAGAGGAGUCCGAGGUCAACGGCGGGGAAGGGGACACGGAAGGCUACGGGGAAAAAAUAGUGGAAGCUUCGGUGGAAGUUAAGGCCAAGGGCGGCAACGGGAAGAAGGCGAAGAAACAAGGGGCAAGCAGGCAAAGAAGGAACUACUGUCACCUCCAGAGGAGAUCGAGCUGCGCGUGUCCAUGCACUACAACGGCUGCGCUAGGAAGAUCAGAUGGUCUUGAAGAGCUACGAAGGGGUGGUGGAGGUGGCGAGAGACUAGAGAGCCCAGAAGGUGGUGGUGAAAGGGAAGAAGGUCGUGGCCAAUCCUUUGAAGGUGGUGGAGCAUCUCGAGAGGGAAACCGACAAGAAAGUGCAGCUACUGACUCCUCUACGACCUCCACAGCCAGGGAAGAAGAAACCUAAAGCAAAAGAUCAGCUGGAAAAGAAGAAGAAGAAGAAGAAAGAGGAGGAAGGAAGAAGAAGACAAGAAAGAAGAGGUUCCUCAGCAAAAUCCUCAAUCCGCUCAUCUCUUUUUUUCUCUUCGAUCUCUUCUUCUCCUUUUCUCUAAACUUUUUGCUACUUUUUUGCCGCCAAAGAUUGUUGUAACUUCAUUCCAGCUUCAAAUGCACUGGCCAACCUGCACUCGGAAGAUCGCGAAGAAGAUCUUAAAGAUGCAAGGUUUCCUUCUGUCUCCUUCCUCUGGUCCAUAGUUUCGUAAACGGACACAAACGUUAUGAAAAGCUUGUGUGUGCCACGUAGGUAAUUAAUGA